AUCACUAGCCAGGCAUACUAUUUACUUUACACCAGCUGUUUUUCAAGUCAGAUCUUCGAAGCGUGCACAUAAUGUUUCGACCUGAAAAGUAUGGGCUUGAGCCCGGAUUUCAGUUAACCAAAUUUACCACCCACACUGGAUGAAGCUGUAAAAUCCCCCAAAAAGUACUUGAAAAGUAUCUAAGGGGAACAGAAAUAGCUAGUAAGAACAAUGAUGGAUAUCUUAUCGGCUCUGGAAUGGAUUGUGCAGUUAUACCUCUACACCGGCACAAAGAAUACUUACUCGUUCAAAGUGUUGACUUUUUUUAUCCUAUGGUGAAUGAUCCGGAAUUAUUAGGACGUAUUGCACUUGCUAAUGUCUUAAGUGAUGUCUAUGCUGUUGGGGUGACGAAUUUUGAUACUGUGGAAAUAAUUGUCAGUUCAUCAACAAGCUUUUCUGAUGAAGAACAAGACACUGUAAUUUCAUUGAUUAUAAAGGGUUUUAAAAACUCCUUAAACCAAAAUGGUUAUCAUAAAACCCCACUAGUUAUUAAACAACUCAAGAUAAAUCCUUGGUGCAUUGUUGGUGGCAUAGCCACAUCUGUCUGCCGUAGAGAUGAGAUAAUUUUGCCAUCUAAUGCCCAGCCUGGUGAUGUUUUGGUCCUUACAAAACCCUUGGGAGGUCAGAUGGCGAUGGAUGCUCACCUUUGGCAACUUAACAAAACUGAAAAGUACAACACACUGAUAUCUGAAUGUUGUGACGAUGAUAUAAGGGAAACUUUCCAAAUAGCAGUUAAAUCGAUGACUUAUUUGAACAAAAACGCGGCAUUGUUAAUGCACAAAUAUCAAGCGCAUUGUGCUACGGAUAUUACGGGUUUUGGGUUGUUGGGUCAUGCCAAUAACCUAGUUCAUUUCCAAAAGAAAAAGGUCUUAUUCAAAAUUGACAAAUUGCCAAUUAUUAAAAAUGUACUCAAAUUUAGUUCUUUGAUUGGCCAAAGCACAAAGUUCCGUUCAGGAAGAUCAGUAGAAACCUCUGGAGGUCUUUUAAUUUGUCUUUCCCCAGAUUCGGCUGAUAAAUUUUGCCAGGAGUUUGAUAAAAUUACAAAAGGUCAGCAAAAAUCAUUCAAAAUUGGACAAGUAAUAGCUGCAAAAGAGUCUGAAGCAAUUCUGUGUAACGAUGUAGAGUUUAUUGAAGUUAGCCUUUAAUUAAGUGGUGAAGAUUGAUCAUUCAACUUAUGACGAUUAUUUCAUAAAGGCUUUUUGGCUUGGAAAUAUUCUGAACAUUUAUUUGAAAUAAAUUUGAUGAUUAACCUACCUA